UAAAGUGUCAGACAGCUGUUAGCUUCUUUUUAGUUGGUUAUAAAGAAACAUAAUGAGUGCUUUUGAAGCACAGUUAUUUUCUGAAAUCGACAAGCUUCGUGUUCAGCUGUUGAACAAUGUCGACAUUAUAGCAGAGAACCAACGUGCUGUGGAGGAAACCAGUCGGGAUGGAAUUUUAACUCAAAUUGAAGGUGUAAUCCUGGGAAUAAUGACCAGUCUGUCAAGAGAUGAAGUACCUAUCCUGGUACUGCCCAACAGAUCCAGUUGGGCCAAUAUCAGUUUUGACAGUGCUGUCGGGCUUCAGAUGAGCUCAGAGCAUUCUGUCACCUCCAUUAGGAGCGACUGUUCUUCAUCUGUUACUAAAUUUGCGCAAAUUUUGAAGAUUCUUUCCGUCAUCUACAGGCUGGUGCAGAGCAACUCUUAUGCUACUAAAAGGGACAUAUAUUACAACAACAUACAGCUGUUUGGGUCACAGAGAACUGUGGAUAGUAUAAUAGAUGACAUCUCCUGCAUGCUGAAGGUUCCUCGCAGAUCACUACAUGUGUUGGCCACAUCCAAGGGCUUAAUUUCUGGUGAUCUGUGUUAUUUGGAGGAGGAUGGAACAAGAGUUGACUGCCACCCCACCUCAGCAGCUGUUUCCAUUUCCUCAAACAUCGGUGGAAUUAGAAAUAUUGUAUCAUCAGCUAAAUUUAUCAUGAUUGUAGAGAAGGAUGCAACAUUCCAGAGGCUGCUAGAUGAUGACCUCUCCACAAAGCUUUCUCCAUGCAUCCUAAUCACAGGUAAAGGUGUGCCAGAUGUGAAUAGCAGACUGAUGGUGAGGAAGCUGUGGGAUACGUUACACAUUCCCAUCUUCGCCCUGGUGGAUGCUGACCCUCAUGGCAUUGAGAUCAUGUGUAUCUACAAGUAUGGAUCAGUGUCAAUGUCAUUUGAGGCCCACAGUCUGACCGUCCCAAGCGUUAUGUGGCUUGGCCUUCUCCCUUCUGACCUGCAGAGGUUAAGGGUGCCUGAGGAUUCCCUGAUUCCUCUUACCAAGACAGAUGAAAACAAGCUCAACAGUCUGCUGAAGAGGCCAUACUUAACCAACCAACCAAACUGGUGCAAAGAGAUUGAGCUGAUGCAGCAGAGUAAAGUGAAGGCAGAACUGCAGUCCUUGUCCUCCAUAGCUCCGGACUUCCUCACCAACAUCUAUCUGCCUAAUAAGCUUCGAUAUGGUGGCUGGGUAUGAACACUGGUUCUGCUUAGAGGAAUAGCUGGUACUGGUACUGUAAAGUCUUUUUCAAAGAGAUUCUGUACCUGUUCUGCUGUACCUUAUUGAAUAGAAUAGAAAAUGAUUUAAGGUCAUUGUGUUUGCAGCUUUUAAAUGUGCCUACUAUUGCAUGUGUGUUUAGAGUGUGAUUUGUAUAAUCUUUUGUGAUGUGUUUUAAUAAAACAAUAUUCUCUUAAUGCAUAAGAAAUUUAUGGAUACUGUCUGUGUAUCAUCUGAUAAGUUUUAGUUGUGGACUGUGUAUUCAUAUAUAAUCGACAAAAUAUGAAAUCCAUUUGUUUUAAUAAA